AUGAUCAGACCUAGAAAUAAUGAAAACUAUUUUAAAAUUUUGGGCAUAAAUGAGACCUACGAUUUAGAUGAGAAUGACCUGGCUAGAAAAUUUAAAGAGCUCCAAAAAUAUCUUCAUCCCGAUAAAUUUGCAAACAAAGGUAAAGAAGAACAAGAAAUUUCAGAAAAAUAUUCAUCUUUAGUAAAUGAAGCAUAUAAAACUCUGUUACAACCACUAACAAGAGGCAUAUACAUGUUGCAACUAAGGGGUGAGAGUUUUUCAGAAAAGACAGAUGUUGACCAACAAUUUCUUAUGGAGAUAAUGGAAAAAAAUGAGGAGGUGGAAAGGGCAGUUACAGAAAAAGAUAUAAUGGCUUUGAACAGUGAAAACAAAUUAAUCAUAAAGGAUUUGCAGAGAAAAGUAUCAGAGGCUUUUUUUGAAGGACGACCACGUCCAGGACCAGACUCAGAUGACUACGUCACCUUUGUUGGUUUUAAGGGCAUUCAAUGGCGACUCACUGCGACUUAUCUCGCAGCC